AUGUCUGACUGGGAGGCGGACAGUGAUGAGGGCGAGCCUUGCGUGUCCCCCGCUAAGCCUCCCCUGAGCGAGUCGCGCUCGGAGACGGCGGGUCCUUCGCGGGCUUUGGGGACCCGUCCGGUGGGCGAAGAUAAAGAGGGGAGAGGCGACGGGAAGAGAUGGGGCUCGCGGCCGGCGUCUGCCCGCGAGCCAUGGCAGUCGGGGACCCUAGAAUAUCGGGCACGCGGCUCCUUUAGAGGAGGAGGCAGGCGGCGGGUGGAGUCCCUCCCAUUGUGCUUCCACCUGGAUAAUGCUCUCGUUGGAACCCUCAUAGGUCGGGGUGGAACUAAAAUUAAGGAGCUUGAGGAAUCAUCAGGUUGCAAAAUACAGGUUGCAAAGGGAAAUUAUAAAGCUGAAAUAAAGAUAUUUGGUGGAAAUGAUAAGCAGACAAAAGCUAAAAUGUUGAUUGACAAUCUUGUUGAAAAGUAUAGUCAAAACAAUACAGGAGAAAAAUGUAUUAAAGAUUCCUUUAAGUACAAGGAUAUUGGAAGUACUUCUUACAGUGAAAGUCAAUCUGUAGUUUUCAACUCUGGAUUUAAUAGUCCAAAACAACCCAUUAAUUGGGCCUCCCUUCGAGAAAACAAAGCUAAAUAUGAAGCCAUGAAGUGGGCUGAUUUGCCUCCAAUUGAAAAGUGCUUUUACAAAGAAGAACCAAAGAUUGCUUUUAUGUCGCAAGAAGAAGCUGAUAAGUGGCGAAAAGAAAACAAUAAUAUCACAUGUGAUGAUCUGAAAGAUGGUGAAAAACGUCACAUUCCCAAUCCUAUUCAUAAAUUUGAAGAGGCUUUUAAACAUUAUCCUGACAUUAUGGCAAAUAUAAAGAAAGUUGGUUUUCAGAAGCCUACUCCAAUUCAGUCACAGGCUUGGCCAAUCAUACUUCAAGGAUUUGAUCUCAUUGGAAUAGCACAGACGGGUACUGGAAAGACACUAGCUUAUCUAAUGCCUGGAUUCAUUCAUUUGGAUUCACAACCAGUUUCUAGAGAAAAACGAGGUGGACCAGGUAUGUUGGUUCUCACUCCCACUCGAGAACUGGCACUUCAAGUGGAAGCAGAGUGCUUAAAAUAUUCUUAUAAAGGAAUUAAAAGCAUUUGCAUAUACGGUGGUGGAGACCGGAAAGGACAGAUCAGUGUGGUUACCAAAGGCGUGGACAUUGUUAUUGCUACUCCUGGUAGAUUGAAUGACCUGCAAAUGAACAGUUUCAUAAAUCUGAGGAGCAUAACAUACUUG